AUGAGAUAUAGGACUUACCUUAUUACCUUCAUGCUCAUGGCAGUAGUCUUGACUACUGCUUGGGGAGAUGACGGAAGUACCUCAGACCUCAAAAAGCAUAAGCGUGAGAACGUUUUUAACAGCUUAUCUAAGAUGAUGCCAACUACAUACUUGUACAAGUCAAUGUUCCAUCAUUCAGGUCCGAAGCCAGGUCCUGACCCAGAGCCUGAACCAACACCUAAGGCUGACAUCCAUCUGCAUGUAGUUCCUCAUUCACAUACAGAUGCUGGGUGGAUCGAGACUAUUGACUGGUACUAUGAGAGGAAAGUGAAGGGCAUCUUUGAUAACAUCGUUGCUGAAUUAUACCAAGACUCUGACAUGACCUUCGUCUGGGCUGACACCAACUUCUUGCACCAGUGGUACGAGAGCCAAGGUGAGAAAGUCCAGAAAAAGUUUGAUAAAAUUGUGAAAAGAGGCCAAAUCGAGUUUGUUGGUGGCGGAUGGGUUCAGAAUGACGAAUCCUUGUCAGACCUGAAAAGUAUCAUCAACCAAAUGAACUUUGGACUACAGUAUUUGCAGGAGACCUUUGGAGCCAAGCCUAAGGUUGGCUGGCAAAUUGACCCGUUUGGGUAUAACCACUUCAUGCCCAGUGUUUUCCAACAGCUUGGGUAUGACUACCUGGUACUUAACAGGAUUGGAGAUAGCCACAAGGAGGAAUUUAAAGCUGAUAGUAGUAUGGACUUCUGGCUAGAAUCAGCAGAAAUGGGCGAGGACUCCUCAAAGAUCCUCACUCAUGUGCUACCUAGGCACUAUGAACCGGAAAAUUUCGACUCUUUGAUCAACAGCAUUCCUUGUGCAAGAGAUAGCGAUGAGGAGAAGAAAGAAUUUGUCAAGAAUUUUUACGAGAAAUAUGUCGAAGAACAAGAAAAAGGAUUCCCAACGAAGCAUCAUUUGCUGUUGAUGGGGAAGGACUUUGGGUUCAAUCAGCAAAAUGGAGAACUUCGGAAGAUCAAAUACAUGAACGAGGUUAUUACAAAGUACUCCUACGAGGCUCUUGGAGUACAGAUAAAUGCUAACUUCUCAUUGCCCAGUGCUUACUUUGACAAUGUCAAGGAGUCAAAGAAACUCAGGAAGAAGAACUUGGACUUCCUGAAUUAUGAUGAACGGCUUGUGUACCUCCAUCCAAAUGAGGACGAAAACCUCUUUGAUUACUGGGUUGGCUACUAUGCGACCAGACCACAUCUGAAGAAAAUGAUCAACCAGGCAUUCAACAAUUUUAGGAGCAUGGAAAUCCUAGUAACUUCUUGUAAGUAUAUGAAGAAGUUUGAUAAGGCACUUGAGGAGAAAUAUUUCAUUAUUGAGAAAUACCUCAGUUAUCUCCUGCAUCAUGAUGCUAUCACCGGUACUUCGAGAAAGGGCACCAUUGACGAUUACUACAGUAAGGUUGACAAGGCUGAGGCACUGAUCGAGGAAAUGAUGGACAUCCUUAACCAUAUCCUUAUUGGAAAAUCCAGCUUUGGAAGUGAUGUGGAGGAAGAAGGCUUUGUUACUGAUUUGCAUUAUUAUUUCAAUCAGGCCGCUUAUGAAAGGAAAUUGGUAGUGAAGAUUAUUCAAAAGUACCAAAAUGCUAGAGUUUUCGACAUUGAUGCUGGAAAAUACUUGGAAUGAGAGCUUCUUCCCAUAAAAUCUUCAGAGAACCAUCUGUUUUGUCUACUAGAAAUUUCCGGAUUGACUCUGAAGAACUUAAGAGUGGAGGCUUCACCAGAAGGAAAGAAGCUUGACCAUCAAGCUCAAGUGCUAGACUCUAUACCAUUCUCAGAUAAGACGAGGAAACUUGAGAAUCAUGAAUAUGUGCUGAACCUGAAGAAAGAUUCUUUAAUAUCGGACAUUUACAUGAAAUCUUCAGGAAGAAAGUUGACUCUUGACCAGGAGUUCAACUAUUAUGACGAUACAGCUUCAGGAAUUUAUAUCUUUAAGCCUCAGAAAGACAAGGAAAAGUUUGAAUACAGAGUCAGCAGCAGCCAGGUUUUCCAAGGAAAACUAGUCUCAGUGGUUAGAACUGCAAGUGAGGGCCAUUUCUCACAACAAAUUGUUGUGUUCCACAGUGGCGAUACUGAAAUAGCUCCGCUAGUAGAGACCACUGCUCAGUCAUGGGGUUAUAAAGAGGUUGGAUUCUCACUCAAGACUAAUCCUUCUGGUAGCAAUACUUUUUACAAUCAUGACAGCAAUGAGUUCGUCAAAAGGGAAUUUGAGAAAAUCGAGGAUAUCUCAGAGAGUGGUAGGAAUAUUUACCCUAGUGUUCAUGGAUUUGCUGUUAAAGACAAGACCAGCUUUUUCGGAAUAGUCAACAACUAUCCCACCGGCUGUGGGUUCACCAGUAAUGCCAAGAAUGAUGUCCAAUGCUUCUUGAUGAGAAAUACCAUGAUGGAUGACGACAAGGGGCUUCCUGAUUACCUUAUAGACACUCAGAAGGUGACUUUUAAGUACUUUAUCAUGCUAGAAAAGGACAUUAAGGAGUACAGCAAGAGGUUCAGAACCCUUUCGGACUAUUUCAAUCUUCCUGUCACUACUAACUACAGUGACGAGGACAGAGCUGAUAAUGCGGUGAUUUCUGAAAUUACCGAAGACCCCGACACUUAUUACGAGUCUUUCAUGAAAUGGAUGUUUGAAGAGACUGAAAUAACUCCAGAGCCUGAACAAGAAUUAUACACUCCAAUUAUGAAACCUGGAAAUGCAACUUCAUUCACAAUUUUACACAACAAGGACUUACCCGAAGAUAUCGAGAUUUUGGACCUAUUCGAGAACUAUAAGGGCAAGCUAUUUGUAAGGAUUCGUAACAGAGACUUGAAAGAGUCUCUUGGUGAAAAGCUUAAGGCGAAAGACCAGAAGAUUGACUUGAAAGAUACCUUUGUCUUUAAGCUCAGUGCCGAGCACAAGUAUACCUUAAAUGGACUCAAGAAGCACAAAAUGAUGCCCAAGCCUGAAGAAGGAAAUAUUGUUCAGAAGACGCUUAAGCUGAUCGAUAAGGGCAUAAAAUACAUCAAAGGGGAAGAAUUUAGACACCAAUGCUUGAAGGAUGGAAAGGCAUUGCUGAAGCCAAGAGAGAUCGCUACAUUUAAGAUCGAGACUUAAACCUAU